AUGAGAAUGAUAUUUCUCUUUUUAUUAUUAGUAUAUCUUGCACAUGCAGCAGACUGGGCUGUGAUUGUAGCGGGAUCAACUGGAUAUUGGAAUUAUCGACAUCAAGCUGCAGCUGCUUCUGCGUAUCAAUAUUUUAUUAGUCAUGGGGUUCCAAAAAAGAACAUUAUAGUCUUUAUGAGUCCAAGUGUAGCUCAAGAUGAAAAGAACCCCUUCAAAGGAAAAUUGUAUAGUACAGCCUCCAAUCCACCCACGAAUCAAAUGGAAGGCGUGGAGGUGGAGUAUAGCGGUGGUGAAGUGACUGCAAACAGAGUGCUGAAUGUUCUUGCUGGAAAUUCAUUUUCCGGAAAACGAGUUUUGCGUUCCAACUUUAUGGAUACAGUUUACCUCGCUUUCUUUGAGUAUGGAGCACCAGGUGUCAUCACACUUCCGAAAGAUGCAAUUUUUGGCGUGGAUCUAGCAGACACUAUUUCUAUAAUGCACGACAAAAAGAUGUACAAAGAACUGGUGAUUUCUAUUGAUGGCAAGGGAACGGAACAUUUGCUGGAAGGAUUGGAUCUCAAGGCACUCCACAUCCGGUUUUCCUCUCCAUACACUCAAAACCUGGACAACCGCAAUCUCUUCUGUCCCCCACAUGAUAUUGUGAAUGGGAGAAGCAUCGGGAGCUGCCUUUCGACCGAAUAUUCUUACAUUAACUGGAACUACGGGACUCGUCUUCCCUCUUCGGACGAUUCUCUCUUCUCCAAUGAGCCCUCAUUGAUCAAUCAAGAUUCCAAUUGGAGUGUAUAUGACUCAAAGUUUAUGUAUCUUAUGAACCAGUACCUAAAGGACCCGAAGUCUGUACAAUAUCAUCGAGCUAUCCAGGAUGAAGACAAUACUCGAAGUCAGAUUGAAAAGUACUAUCGGCUUGUUCUCUAUGAUCGAAAAGUGAGUGAUCUAGUGAGCAGUUCGAUUACGGAGUGGGAAUGCUAUAAGAGGGGAGUGAAGAAGGUUGAAAAGCUCUUCCUUUGGAAUGAAUACACUUUUCGCUUCUUUGGGUUGAUUGUUAAUUUAUGUGAACAAAACAAAUUCUCGUUCUAG